UCCUUGGCAUUUUUCAGAUAAACAUGGCUGACGGAGCGCUCUAAACGCCCUCCAACUUCUCGGCAUUCGGGCUUUUUAUCGUCAUGUCACGGCUGUAAUAUGGACCUAGUAGGGUACAGAGUUAUUCGGGGGCCUGAUUGGAAGUGGGGGAAACAGGAUGGAGGCGAGGGACACUUGGGAACUGUGCGAAAUUUCGAGAGUAAUCAAGAGGUCGUCGUAGUUUGGGAUAACGGGACGGCAGCGAACUAUCGCUGUUCCGGGGUUUACGAUCUGCGAAUCUACGACUCUAGUCCAACUGGGAUUAAGCAUGAUGGGACCAUGUGUGAUGGCUGCCGCAUGCAGCCCAUAUUUGGAAUGCGGUGGAAGUGUGCUGAAUGUGGAAACUACGACCUUUGCUCAACGUGUUACCAUGGUGAUAAACACCACUUACGACACAGAUUUUAUCGAAUAAAUCAGCCAGGUGCCGAAAGAAUCCUUGUUGAAGCAAGAAGGAAAAGCAAAAAGGUGACAGUGCGGGGGAUUUUCCCUGGUGCCAGAGUUGUGCGAGGAGUCGACUGGCAAUGGGAGGACCAAGAUGGGGGGCCAGGAAGACGUGGUAAAGUCACAGAAGUCCAGGACUGGAGUGCUAACAGUCCUCGAAGUGCUGCUUACAUCAUAUGGGAUAAUGGUACCAAGAACUUGUACCGAGUUGGCUUUGAAGGGAUGUCGGACCUGAAGGUGAUCAGUGACGCAAAGGGAGGAUCUCUUUACAGAGACCAUUUGCCUCUUCUAGGUGAUAAUCGACCAGGAAGCCAAACAGCAGCACAAGGCUUGCAGAUUGGUGACCAGGUCACUGUUGAUCUGGACCUUGAAAUUGUCCAGUCACUGCAGCAUGGUCAUGGUGGCUGGACAGACGGCAUGUAUGAGACCCUGACGACUACUGGGUCCGUUGUUGGUAUUGAUGAGGACCAUGACAUUGUUGUGCUUUAUCCAACCGGAAACAGAUGGACCUUCAAUCCAGCGGUGUUGACCAAAGCAAGGACCAUAUCAAGUGCUGAGAGUACUGCUGCCAGCUCUGAGUCACUCGUAGCUUCGUCGCCUGCUCUGGCUUCCAUAUCAAAUGCCAGUGGCUCUUCUUCACAGUUCUCUGUGGGCGACCUGGUACAGAUUUGCACUGAUAUGGACAAAGUCAAGUCUUCCCAGCGUGGUCAUGGAGAGUGGGCAGAAGCGAUGCUUUCGACACUUGGUAAAAUUGGCAGAGUGCAGCAGAUCUACCAUGACAAUGACCUUAAGGUCGAGAUUUGUGGCACCUCAUGGACAUACAACCCUGCAUGUGUGACCAAGGUGGCCUCGACUGGCGACAAUGCUAAUCUUGGUGCUGCCACUGGAGAGCGACUGUCAGCCCUUCUUAAGAAGCUUUUUGAGACUCAUGUAUCUGGGGACUCGGUAGAGGAGCUUGUCAAAGCCGCAGCUAAUGGUGAUGUACAGAUUGUAGAGGAAGUCCUGGCCAAGACUGACACUGAUGUUGAUGGAGUGUUUGCGGGUCACACUGCUUUACAAGCUGCCAGUCAGAAUGGUCACGAGGAAGUCGUCCGCGUACUGAUCAGGAGUAAAGCUGAUCUCGAAAAAGAGGAUAAAGAUGGUGACCGAGCCAUCCACCAUGCGGCAUUCGGCGAUGAAUCUGCUGUCCUUGAACAACUUGUGCGCGCAGGCGCAGAUCUAAAUGCGCGAAACAAACGCCGCCAAUCACCGUUACACGUAGCUGUCAAUAAAGGUCACAUAGGCGUGGUCAAGACACUGAUUACCCUGUGUGCACAUCCAAGUCUCCAGGACUCCGAAGGGGAUACCCCAUUACAUGACGCCAUUUCUAAGAAGCGUGACGACAUGGUGACGAUGCUCCUGGAGGCGAGUGCUGACGUCAGUAUUGCCAAUAACAACGGUUUCAACGCAUUACACCACGCAGCUCUCCGUGGGAACCCUAGUGCCAUGCGGAUACUGUUGACAAAUUUACCGCGGCCGUGGAUUGUGAACGAGAAAAAGGAUGAUGGGUACACAGCGCUGCACCUCGCGGCACUCAACAACCACGUCGAGGUCGCUGAGCUACUCGUCAAACAGGGUAAAAGCAACAAAGAGGUGCAAAAUGCUAAUUUACAGACGCCUCUCCACCUAGCCGUAGAGAGACAACACACGCAAGUCGUACGGCUGUUGGUGCGUGAAGGCUGUAAGCUGGACGUCCCAGAUAAGGAUGGGGAUACACCCCUCCACGAGGCCUUACGGCACCACACCCUGUCCCAGCUGAGGCAGCUACAAGACAUGCAGGACGUGGGCAAGUUAUUGAUGGGUCUUGGCACACAAGGAACUGACAAGAAAAGCAGCGCUUCCAUCGCCCUCUUCCUUGCCGCGAAUGGCGCCGAUCUGACCAUCAAAAACAGCAAGGGACAGACACCACUCGAUCUCUGCCCGGACCCCAACCUGUGCAAGGCGCUGGCCAAGUGCCGCAAGGAAAGAGGGUCUAAUAAUAACUUGAGAAUGACGAAGAAUGACCAGAGCGAGGAAGCGCUUGAUGAGUGCAUGGUGUGUUCGGAUAACAAGCGAGACACGCUGUUUGGGCCGUGCGGUCACGUGGCCACUUGCUCUCUUUGUUCGCCUCGAGUCAAGAAGUGUCUGAUGUGUAAGGAGCCCGUGCAGUCACGAACCAAGAUCGAGGAGUGCAUGGUCUGCUCAGAGAAGAAGUCUCAGCUGCUUUUCAAACCAUGUAACCACAUGGUCGCGUGCGAAGGGUGUGGUUCGCUAAUGAAGAAGUGUAUCCAGUGUCGUGAAAACAUCACUGAGACUCUUCCGUUCAUCGUCUGUUGUGGGGGACAAGCUCCACCGCCUCUAAGCGAGCGAGGCGAGUGUAAGCAAGAAAUCACCAACCAAGAGUUGUCACAGCUACAGCAACAGCUGCAAGAUAUGAAGGAGCAGACUAUGUGUCCGGUCUGUAUGGACCGACGCAAAAAUCUGAUUUUCCUGUGUGGGCACGGAACCUGUCAACUGUGCGGGGACCGCAUGCAAGAGUGCCCCAUGUGCCGUAAGACCGUGGAGCGCCGGAUCCUGCUCUUUUGAUCUGGAGUCCCCACACCGUGAAUAUCUUCGGCCACAGGGACACCACACCGUGGAAAAAAUUUCACCACAGGAACACCACAACGUUAUAAAGAAAUGGAUAUCUAGCGUCGCAAUUGUGUAUCCCUUGCUUCACAGGGAUACCGCAGUAUGUAUACCUUGCGCCACAGGAAUACCACACGGUGAAAACCUUGCGCCACAGGGAUAUCACACGGUGAAAACCUUGCACCACAGGGAUACCACGCUGUGAAUACCUUGCGCCACAGGGAUACCACACCGUGAAUACCUUGCGCCACAGGGAUACCCUACUGUGGAAAAAUUGCAAUACAAGAAUACCAGAAUACCAAACCGCUAAAAACAAAUGGGUAUCUAGCGCAGAGGCAUUGUGUAUUCCUUGCUUUACAGGGAUACCGCAGUUUGUAUGACUUGGUCUACAGGGAUACCACCCGUGAAUACCAUUCGCCACAGGGAUACCGCAGUAUGUAUGUUUUGAGCCACAGGAAGAUCGCAAUGCAUUGGAUACGUUACAACAAAGGAAUGCCACUGCAAAACUAUAUUUCCCUGCGCCACAAGGAUAGCACACAAGCCAGAGACUUGACCUAAAUAAUUGAAUAUUAUUGUUACGAAAAUGAUAAUUGUAUCACUUAUGUGAGAAUAAUGUCUUCGAGAGAAAAAAUAGAAAAUGAAAAAUCAAUAAAUUUAUCAGAAACAAA